UACCUGUAUCAGAGAGAUAAAAUUGAAGAUGAAUUAGAAAUGACAACAGUGUGCCAUCGGCCUGAAGGACUGGAACAGCUUGAAGCACAAACCAAUUUCACAAAGAGAGAACUUCAAGUGCUUUACAGAGGAUUUAAAAAUGAAUGUCCUAGUGGGGUUGUUAACGAAGAGACAUUCAAACAGAUCUAUGCACAGUUUUUUCCGCACGGAGAUGCUAGUAUGUAUGCCCAUUAUCUCUUUAAUGCAUUUGAUACUGCACAGAAUGGAUCAGUGAAGUUUGAGGAUUUUGUGACGGCACUAUCAAUUUUGUUGCGAGGAACAGUUCACGAAAAGCUAAGGUGGACAUUUAACCUGUAUGACAUAAAUAAAGAUGGAUAUAUAAACAAGGAGGAAAUGAUGGAUAUAGUAAAGGCAAUUUAUGAUAUGAUGGGGAAGUACACAUAUCCAGUGCUCAAGGAAGAUGCUCCAAGACAGCAUGUAGAAGUUUUCUUCCAGAAAAUGGAUAAAAACAAAGACGGCGUUGUAACUUUAGAUGAGUUCAUUGAAUCAUGUCAGGAGGAUGACAAUAUCAUGCGGUCCUUACAGCUCUUUGAGAACGUCAUGUAACAGCAUCUGGAGAAUGGUGCAAGAAUCAGAGACUUUGUACGUAAUGAAAACCUCCUUUCUGGGCAAAAGCUUUUUACAACUCGACCAUGUUGAACGCGCAAUGGUUUUGUAAGACAUC